CGGAGCGAGCGCGCUGCGAGGCCGCGGGCGACCUCCGUGCGCCGCGUCCGUGGCGAGCCAGGCUCCCGUGGCCGCGUGCUGGGAGGAGGCCGGAGCCCAGCGGGGAAGAAUGGAGUUGGCGACUGGCUCGCAGAUCCCUAAAGAAGUGGCUGACAUCUUUAACGCCCCCAGUGAUGAUGAAGAGUUCGUCGGUUUCCGAGAUGAUGUUCCCAUGGAAACCCUGUCAUCAGAGGAGAGCUGCGAUAGUUUUGACUCACUGGAGUCAGGGAAGCAGCAGGAUGUGCGUUUCCAUUCCAAAUACUUCACAGAAGAGCUAAGAAGAAUUUUUAGAGAGGACACUGACUCAGAGACGGAAGAUUUUGAAGGAUUUACGCAGAGUGAUCUGAAUGUUAACAGCGACCCAGAAGUAAUGCUUGUGGAGUCAGAGCUGAGUGAUGAUGGUAAAGCAUCUUUCAUGAGUGAGGAAGAGGAAGAUGAUGAAGAAGAAAAGGCUCCACCUAGAAGCAGCAGGCCGAGAAGAAGCAGUAUUGGUCUUCGAGUAGCCUUUCAGUUCCCCACCAAGAAACCGGCAAAAAAUGCCGGUAAGAACAGUUCUCCUGAGCCGUUGUUUUCUGGCUCGUGCACACAGGACAGUAAGAAUGGAAUUCUUGGAAGAAAGACAAGCUGCAGACAGGGGAAGGAAAGGGAAGAUUCUGCCUCUGAGUCUGAGGACGACUCCAGGGAUGAGGGCCAGGAGAGCUCGGAUGCCCUGCUGAAAAGGACCAUGAACAUCAAGGAGAACAAAGCCAUGCUCGCUCAGUUAUUGGCGGAAUUGAACUCAAUGCCAGAUUUCUUCCCGGUCCGAACUCCGAACUCAGCUUCUAAGAAGAAAGCAGUGAGGCGGGCCUUCUCAGAGGGACAGAUCACACGGCGCACCAACCCGGCCCGGAGCGCACGGCCUCCCGAGAAGUUCGCCCUGGAGAGCUUCACCGUGUCGGCCGCCAAGUUCGCAGAAGAGUUUUACAGUUUCAGAAGAAGGAAGACAACGAGCGGGGGGAGAUGCCAGGGAUAUCGACGCCGCCGCUGUGUAUCUUCUUUUCGGCCAGUGGAGGACAUCACUGAAGAGGACUUGGAGAAUGUGGCCAUAACUGUUCGAGAUAAAAUCUAUGAUAAAGUUCUGGGUAACACUUGCCACCAGUGUCGGCAGAAGACCAUUGACACCAAGACGGUGUGUCGGAACCAGAGCUGCGGCGGGGUGCGAGGACAGUUUUGUGGGCCUUGCCUGCGGAAUCGCUACGGGGAGGAUGUGAGAUCGGCGCUGCUGGACCCGGGUUGGAUGUGUCCUCCCUGCCGGGGCAUCUGCAAUUGCAGUUACUGUCGGAAGCGUGAUGGUCGCUGUGCCACAGGCAUCCUCAUUCAUCUGGCCAAGUUUUACGGUUAUAAUAACGUUAAGGAAUAUCUGGAGAGCUUACAAAAGCAGCUGGUAAAAGACAAUUAAGAGAAGAACCAGCCAGCUCACCAUGGAGGACUCCCAACAAGACAUGCCAUUUGUGCCUAAGAUUUCUUAUGGUUGUGUUUGUAUACAGAAAUUCUUUGUAGAUCUAAAUACUAUUUUUUUUUAAAGAUUGUUUAUAUACUUCAAAAGAUUUCUCAGGAAGACGAGAGAGGAAUCGAUAUACCUGUAUACGCAGGCCUGUUUAUAGACUGAAUUGUUAAAAGCAUCUGCAGCUGAUUAAAAAAACCAUAGUUUAAGUGGGGUAGAGUUAGUUACCCCAGAGGAAACAGUGUGUAAGCAGCUCUUGCCUUUUGUUGCCGUGAUCUUUUACCUCCCAAACCAGUCCCUGGAGGCCAGCUUGUGACAGGGGUUACAUCCCCUUUACGUUUACCUUCUCACAAGUGACCACAGUUCAAACCACAUAGUUUAAGCUGCUCUGGGUCACUGGAAAUUUAUAUUGAAAAUGUUCCCCUAAAUUACAAGGUGCAAUUACCCGUAGAUCUUGAGUUUUAGUUUUGGUAACACUUGAACAAAAAGUGGCCAGUCAGUCACAUUCCGGACACUGGAGGGCUGCUGGCCAGCAGGAGCGGCUGCCUGGGGCCAGUGGCUUCUAUCUUUUAAAAGAAGAAUAUAAAGGCUAAUACUUUUUAGAGAUUUUGUUUAUCUACAAGAACUAGGCUCCCACAUGUAUGGACCGGGAGACUUGCAACCAUAUUGUUUUUGUUCAAUGGAACUUUGAUGAAAAUGUGAUCUAUACUGUACUCUUUUGUGUUGCAGGAAGGGGGAGGCCAGGGUACUGGGGAGAGCUAAAAAUGAACAGAUUUUCAGCAGGGUUCCCAUCUUUUUUUCUACAUUUGCUUCUUUUUGUCCCCCUGCUCUACUUUUCAGAGAUGGUGUUUGUUUAAAAACAACGAAUGCACCUUUUAAGUAAGUUAGUUACUUAAAAGGUACAGGAGCUGGACUCUGUUUUAUGCCUCUCGGUAGAAUAAACGACCGUGCGGGAACAAGGACAUCUCCGCAGUGCGCCGGCGAGAGGAGUAGAAGCCCCUCUGCAAGGGCCAUGUUAUGCCUCCAGCAGGAGGGCCACGCCUGCCAGGACCCAUUUGGCCGCCUUUUCUUUGCUCUUCAACCUGAAGGUCCAGACCCAGUUGGGGCCCCUCGUUUUGGUUUUGUACACAGGGCACUCGUAGGUGUGUUUGGUUUCCUGUCUGUCCGCGGGUAUGGCUUUUGCAAAGAUGACUGGCAUUGCAGACCUUAACUCCUUGAGGUGGGCGUCCACGAUGGCUCCUGAUUGGCUGUCCCAUCUGGCACCUACAGCAUAAACCCAAGGGUUACAACCGUGCUUUAUGUUGGUAGUUACAACCGUGCUUUAUGUGUACUGAGCCUCUAUUUGUUGUAGGCAAUAAACGUUCCGCUUUUGUCACUUCA